AUGCUUGGAUUAUAUGAGAAGUUGACCCUGCUGGCAGCGGUGUCAUUGUCCCUCCUGGCCUCUCUGGCCCUGUCUUCCCCCGUGGUGGGUCCAGAGCCUAUUCGCUGUGCCCCCUGUUCCAAGGAGAAACUGGAUGAAUGCCCGGCCAUCUCCUCAGACUGUAAGCAGGUUCUAAGGGAGCCGGGAUGUGGCUGCUGCUUGGCAUGUGCCCUGGAGAAGGGGGCCUCCUGUGGGGUUUACACAGCCCACUGUGCUGAGGGGUUCAAAUGCAGCCCUAGAUCUGGAGACCCCAGACCUCUCCACUCUCUCACAAGGGGACAGGCCAUCUGCACUGAGGAUGAGGGACAAGGUAGACUCAGCUUUCUGUUGUUUUGUUUUAGUUUUUCAAUAAUUGAUUCAAUGAUGAAUUGAUUAAAAAAAUAUUUUAAAAUGUCACAUGCUUCAUAAACAACUAACUCCAUCCCAUAAAGUGACUAACUCCAUCCCAACAAUGCAGAGAGAAAAAUAGAAAAAUUAUAGAAAGAUAAUAACACAAGGAAUAAAUACACAAUGAGUAACGGUAACGGCAAAUUUUUGACAACAUAAUACAAAAUAUAUAAUGUCAACUAAUGCUAAACAUGGUAUACUUACCCACUCAUUUCUCUCUCUAAUCCACAGAGGAAGUAGAGUGGUUGACAGACCACACCUCCCUGCCCUACCUCCUGGGAUUCAACACCCCGUUUGACCCCAGAGAUGAGGGGGCUCAGGAGAGCAUCAAGGCCAAGGUCAACGCCAUCCGCAAGAAACUGGUGGAACAGGUACGCACAGUAUUCAAUCUGACUUUCUGUUAGAGUUAGUUAGGUGUCUUACUGUUAGUUAGGUAGCUAGGUCAUCGGACUGUAAUGGUGGAACAGUUGGGCACAACAUACACCUGGGGCCUAAUGUAUCUAGCUUCUCAGAGUAGGAGGUUUGAUCUAGGAUCAGGUCUCCCCCUCUCCAUGUAAUCGUAUUAAUUAUGAUCUAAAAGGCUAAACUGAUCCUAAAUCAGAUGCUUUAUACGGCCCCUGACUUACUUUCUUCUUCUUUACCAUUAGCUUAAUGGAGCAAAGGGCCUCUAAAACCUGACUUAGAGUUCAAGUCAAUUUAGCUGCUAGCCACCAGAGGAAGCUGUUGCCAUUUUAACAAAAACUACCAAGAAAGUGUUAUUCCCUUGAGAUUAAAUUUGCUUUGAAUCUAAUCACGUGGUGAUUUAAUCUGUUUCAGUCAGAUAUAACUCCUUAUUUCAUAUGUAUUCUGUGUCCAUAUUUCUGUAUAUAUUGUAUGUGUUAGAUGUUCAUUGCCCUCUCUCUGUCCUACCCCUAGGGGCCCUGCCACAUCGAGCUGCAUGCAGCCCUCGACAGGAUAGCCAGCUCUCAGCAGGAACUAGGAGAGAAGUUCACCACCUUCUACCUCCCCAACUGUGACAAACAUGGCUUCUACAAGGCUAAGCAGGUAAGCAGCCUAUGCGUCUACUUCCAGAGCUGCCCCGAUAGAGAGGGGUUGGUGUGUGUAGCAAUAGCAUUAGCUCAUUAGUGGUUGAUAGUAGGACCAGGUGAUCUGACCAGGAAAACUCUGGUUCCUAGUUGAGAGUUCAAUAAAAAAUUGCAAUGUAGUGAAGUUGAUCCAUGUCGUUUAAUAUCUUUCUCUCUCAUUUCCCCCCUAUUCUGUUUUGUUUUAGUGUGAAUCGUCUCUGGUGGGACCCCCUGCCAGGUGUUGGUGUGUGUCCUCCUGGAAUGGGAAGAAGAUCCCGGGGUCAAAUGAUCUACUAGGAGACUCAGAGUGCCAGCAGGAGCUCACUCACUAA